AUGGACGCGCCCCGGGAACAGCCCAAAGAUUCACCUGAGGCCGAUCAACCUGGGUCGAGCCCGAGCCAGGGAGGACGACGGCCGAGCCUCAAGGUUUUGGCUAUUAUGUUCUGCGUGGUCCUGGGCUUGGCACUGGCGUUCGCUCUGGGAAGCCGCACAUCGUCGACGCCGCGCGAAGACGACAGCGGCAUCAAGCCACCGCCGCCGCCACAAUCAGCCGUCGCCGGACAGCCUCGCGCCGGACAGCCUCGCGACGAAGCCGGCACCAAGAGACGUGAUGCUGUCGCUUUCCCAGCUGCCCCAGGGAAACAGAAGCAGAGCGCGGCACCCGUGAACACUCAACAAGUGGCGAAACAAAUCGCCGGCGACGAGGUUUACCGGACAGCGUAUGUGAACGUAUCGGUGGACCACCUAGCAGCUGGACAUGCUCGUGCCGCCGAUGUCGCCAAGCCCUCAGGACGCGCUGGAGGAACUUUUGGAGAAGGCGUUAGUGCCGGCCCGCUGUUCUGCGUGGUGUCAAGCAGUGCUACGCACGCGGCACAGUUCCCACGUGACGUCUGCACGCACCUCAUUUACUCUGACGUUCAUUACCUGGCUGACGAAGGAAAGUUCAUGCCCGUCAACGACCAGACAUUCACUGCGUUCUUGCUGCUGGCGAGUACCACAGCGCAGCUAAAGACCCUGGUCAGCAUCGGGGGUCCCACUCUGGACGCUAUGGAGCGCUCGCCACCGCUUCUCACUCGUUUCACCAGAAACGCUGCCGGUUGGUUGACGUCUCGCAGCCUGGCUGGUCUCGCCUUCAUCGAGUACGCCUCCUCGACGAGCCGCAUCGUGGAAUACGCCGCGCCCCUUCAGUACCUGCAGGACAAGCUGUCGGUGAUGGGCCUGAAGACUGUGUUCGGCGUUCUCAUCGAGGACUGGAGCGCACCGGUAGAAUCUGUAGCCACCCACCUGACCAGCAUUGCAGAACACGUUGACUACAUGUUCCUGCAGACACACUACGAAAAGGAGGGCGACAAGUGCAGCGUGGCACUGCCCUCUGUGUACGCUGCCGCCAACAACUGGACGGGUAGUAUUCCCAUCUCAGUCGCCAUGGACUGGAUAGGGGCAGUGCAAGAGAAUAGGGGCAAGCAGGCCACCCUAUGCUUCUCCGUCAGCAUGGCGGCCUUGCUCUAUCGCUCGCACAAGGACAACAGCGCUCCAUGUGAUGACGUCACCUCUGUCAACUACAUGCAGGUCUGCGACCCUGCGCCGUGGCCCGCGGUCGUCCCCACCUCGAACCAGGCUUCGUUGGCGUACAUGGGAUCAAAUGGCGAACAGCUUGAGAGUCACGAGACGGCUGACCUGCUGGCCGUCAAGGUGUCCCGCGCCGGCUUGCACCUACCCGGUGUAUGUGUAGCCGCAUUCGACGUUGACCGAGACGACUACGAGGGAGUGUGCGGCGGGCCGUUCGCACGCCUGCACGCCAUCCGACAGGCACAGCAACCAAACGCAUCAAGAGCAGCCCAAGGGCGUUCUCUGCCCGAGGACAAAGAGCGGAAAGAAGACCAAGUUGAAGCCUCCAAGCGAUGCAUGCCACGUGGAAAAGAGAAAGAGCGUCCGCUGGUGUGCGUGCUGUCAGAACGGACGGAGAACGCGCGGACAGUCACCACCAGCUACUGUACUCACGUGGUCUUCUCACUGCGGCAGUUCGGAAACGCUGACCUCACCGUUCUUCCUAACGGCUACCUGUCUCAGAUACAGGAGAGCGGUGUUCGAGUUCUGGUGGCGGUACAUGAGCGACUGUUGCAACUGUCCUCGCUAAGCGAAAGCGCCGAGGAAACAGCGCGGCAGCUGCGGGUGCGCAAGCUGGAUGGUCUGGCGCUCCUUUAUGUUAGUCGUUCCACUCGGCAGAUACCUUCGCUGUCGCGCAAAAUGAAGGAACUGCACGACGUGUACCAGAAACACGGCUUGUGUGUUCUGCUCAGCCUUCAGAUUGUGGACUACGACAAGCCAGCGACUUACACAGGUGUCCAGCUGAACAUUCUCAGCAAUUUUGUAGACUUCCUUGUGGUGAACACGCACUACAGUGGAGACUAUGGCCCCUGCCGAGCUACACCUACAUCAACCUUUAACCAGCCACUGUCCACCUGUAUACCCCAGGUGCCUGUGAACCUUGCACUAGAAUGGAUGCACAAUGCCACUGAAGGGUCUCCGUACAUCUGCUUCUCUGUGGACAUGCGAGCUUUUGCCUACCACAUGUAUGGACCCAUGGUCAUGGAUCAAGUGUGCUACAGUGAGGAACACUUGCAUUAUGAGCAGGUCUGCAGCAAAGAAGAAUGGACGUAUAAGCAGGAUGACUAUACCAUGACCAAUGUUGGCCAGCUGAGCAACAUUCUUCACUCCUUUGAGACACCAUCUACUCUCAUGAGCAAGGUGAUCGCUGCUUCAAUGAGUGUUCAUGCUCUCUGUGUGGCUGCUUUCAACUACGACUAUGAAGACUCGUCAGGGCGUUGCCAUGGGACUCCUUAUGCACGCAUGAAAGCUCUAAGGCAGUGGUUAGAUGAAAGUGUAAAUACAAAGAAAAGCAUACCAAGGAUUCAAAAAGGUUUUGUAGAGCCAUCUGAGACUGAAGGUGGCACGGCAACAACAAGCAGCAGCCUUGAAGACUACCCUUCUGAGCGACCCUUGGUUUGUGUGAUCUCCAAGAACGUUGAGGACGAAGCUGCUGUACCCCAGGGAUAUUGCACGCAUCUAGUCUUCUCUGGAGCACUGUUCAAUCAAGCCACAGAGACUGUCGUUGUUCCAAGAGGAACAUGGCGCUGGAGGCAGCUGCGCCGUGACAUGGCGCUGUUUCUUGGUUUUGACGAUGACAGCCUCAUUGAUUACCUCAUCACGUAUGGCUCCAAAGCAGGCCUGGCCUUUGGCAAGCUGUCAGCACAAGUGCUGAGAGAGCAGGGUUUCAAUGGACUUGCUUUACUGAAUGUGAACAGAACAUCUCAAAGCAUUGCCAAAUUGUCGGACUCCCUUGCUGUGAUUCACGAGUUAUUUGGCAAUGACUUGCAAGUUGUGGUCAGCUUGGAUGUUGUUGACGUUACUGCACCUCCAACUGUAAUGGCAGUUCGCCUUCAAGACAUCUUCAGGUUCAGUCAUUUGGUGGUAUUCCAGACCCACUACAGGCAAUCACUUGGGUACUGUGAAGUAGCACUGCCAUCCACGUUCGAUAUACCCAACCAUUCCCCAACUGUUCCUGUGGACACUGCUCUACGCUGGCUUGGGCACAUGGGUACUGGCAAGCAGGCCUGCUUUUCUGUGAACUUGGCCAUUAUCGAGUUCUCAGCUUCAGGUGACACAUAUCUUUGCCAACAGAGAAAAGUUCUUAAUUAUGCUGAGGCUUGUGACACUGAAAAGUGGGUUGAAGUGCGACAACCUCGUGGUGCACUCUGCACUCUGCGGCAAAAGGGCAAGCGCUGGCAGGCAUACGAAACUGAAGAUCAACUCUUUGCUAAGGUUAGCAAAGCCUUUGAUCGCAACACGGGAGCAUGUGUUGCAUUGUUUAAUGUGGACUAUGAAAACUACAAGAGUGCAUGCUUCCAAAAGUUCGGCCGAAUGACUUCAGUUGUGCAGAAUUACCUAAGUUACCAGCACCAGAGGCCGCGGCCAUUAAAACGGAGUGGACCAGUGAAGCUUCCGUUCAACAGAACACGCUCAUCACAGAACAACCAUCCAGAAUUAAUAAGAAAAGUUGAUGUACCAGGCCCAAGACUACCUCGGGGCAACCUCAUGUCGUUGCGUGUCCCCACCUCAAGCCGUCCAUUGCUUUGUGUUCUUAGUGAAGAGUGGACAAAAAUCGACAAUGUUCCAGAGGUUUACUGCUCCCAUUUUGUUAUUGAUGUGGCACACCUGAACUUCAAAACUGGUUUGACUAAAGACCCUGUAACGUUACUGAAAGAAAAAUUUGGCAUAAGACGUCAGUAUUUGGUAAAAGUGUCGAAGAUACCCAUGAGGAAUGUCACACAGUAUGCUCAGGAGCUGUCAGCAUCCAUUUCAAAGCUACAAUUGAAUGGAAUUGCAGUGCUAAACCAGCAUAUAGCAUCGCCUCUUUUGUCUUCAUUUAAUGAAAGGCUUCAGCAUUUUAGGCUCUCACUAAGGAAGGAUCUAACCUUGGUUUUGGGUCUGGAGAUACCAGACUUUGAUCAGAAGCCAAAAGAGGUUGCUGAUCGACUAGCGCCACUCUUUAGGGCUGCCGACAUCGUCAUUUUGCAAACACACUUUCGACGCCUCUGGAAGUUCUGCCGCUCAGCUUAUCCCUCUAUCGUCCAGGAGAGCAAUAACACAUGCCAGCAGUCGGUGCCCAUGUUGAAUGCACUGAAGUGGGCCAAACUUAUGGAGACAGACAGGCACGUGUGUCUAUCGGUCAACUUGGCUACCCUACGAUUUCAUUAUGUUGACACCCCUGGUUCAGAUCUUCCGUGCACCAAGUCUCGAGAAAUACCUAAUUACUGUGAAUCUGGCUCAUGGAAUGAAUCCAUUGAUGCACUGUUCUCCAUGAGUGCGCAUCGACACAAUGACGGACAGUGGGAUGCAUUUGAAGAGGAGCAAUUGAUCAAAUCCAAGGUGGAAAAAAUAAUGGCUGCUCGCCCCAAAAGCUGCUGGGCUGUGUUUAACGUUGAUUAUGACAGAGAUACAGUAGCCUGCAGUGUGCACAAGGAGAGUUUUGCACGUCUCAAGUCACUAGGCAAAGCAGCCGGCUACAGCUCUGAUUGGAAGGACAGUACUCAGCCAGAUAAAGACGACUCAGCGAAAGGUAGGAUUGACACGGCACCCAACAACAGAACACAGGCUAAAGGGUCCCUUCUGUGUGUGUUCAGUGGUGCCAUCUCUGAGAGCUUGCUGCCACCAAAAGGCCUCUGCACAGCUGCCAUCUACACCACUGUCUUGUAUGAUGAAGUCAAGAAGGCUUUGGUCGUCAAGGAUGGAGACUCACUGCACCAUUUCUCGACACUCGCCAGACAGUUGAGUUUGGUGGGGGCUGGUGUUGCACCAGGUGCUCUGGCAGCCAACCUGGCACGAGAUUUUGCACUUGAGAGCACAGCCUGGCUUCGUGUGAAGGGCUUCAACGCACUGGCUGUUCUGACAGACCAAUGGCCUCGCCAAGACAUACUUAAUAUCUUCAGGGAACUGCGUAAGGUUCUCAAAAUGACAGAAGAAUUCGGUCAAGUCUCAAUCAUCCUUGGAAUACCACCUCAGCAAAAAAUAAACAACUUGAUGUUCCUACAAAAGGAGCCCGUGGACAUGGUGAUAUUCAUGGGGCACUACCAGCCAGGUGGUGAGUCGUGCCAUGUCAUGCACCCUUCGAGUUUGUCAAAAACCACAAGCACAUUAUCCAGUCUGGUUGAAACCACACAGGUGAUAAAGACCCUUUCCAUCAAGUUGAAUAUCACAACAGAAAUGUGCAUCUCUGUCAACUUGGCUGUGUUGACGUUUACUCUUGGCAGUACAAAGAAGUUUCAGUUGGGCACGCAGUGCUUGAAAGAGACUGUGAGCAGCUAUGCUGACGUCUGCCCAUCACACAGUGGUCCCGAUAUAUUCUAUGACAGCGCCCUAUCCUGUUACAAGCAAAAUUCGACACAUGUACAGACAUUUGAAAAUGAAGGAACAUUGGAGAUGAAGGUUGAAUUCCUCAAGAAACAUAUUGCCACUCCCUGUGUGGCAGCCUUCCACUCGGAGUAUGAGGACACAGAAGGAAUUUGCCCAGACAGACCAGCCUUCUCACGCAUUACUGCCCUUAGGGAUAGCUUAGAUUCACCGCUGGGCCAUGGAAGCUCGAAAAAUCAGUACACUCUGCUCUGUGUGUUCUCCGAACGUCCUGUGACGCCAAGUUCCCUGCCACACGGUCUGUGCACCCACAUCAUCUACACCGGCUUAAACUAUGUACCUGAUAGCAAGAACAUAGUACCUAUUGAUGAGUCUGCCUUUGAGAAUUUCCUGACACUAAGGAAACACGCACGACUGUUGGCUGCAGUCCCCUUUGACACAGUAUCGAACCUGACAAAUACUUCAGAUGUGGAAUCUUUUUCGAACGUUGUCUCCUCGUGGUUGAUGAAAAAUGACCUCAUGGGUCUCGCUUUGUUUUCAACUCUCAACACGAAUUUUGAGGAUGUGUACGCUGUCACCAAGGUUCUUCGUUGGCAGUUCAUGAACCUGAAGUUGAAGCACCUGCAGCUGAUCUUUGGUGCCCCCAUUCAUGUCAUCACGCCAACACUCAUCCGUAUUGCAGAUAUCGUAAACUAUCUGGUGUUCAUACACCAUGAUCCAGUACAAGAGUCGUGUCGCCUGGAGACAAUGCUGACAAAGCAACUUGGGAAGCACGAACUGGUAUUGGUUUUGGUUACUGCUUCUGGGAGUGAAGGCACUGCUGCAUAG